AUGAAGUGUGUCCUUGGGGGGGCUCAUCUCAGAGUGUUUGGAAGAGCAAUACACGCCAUAGCACGUAUUAGUGACGAGUUUUGGUUUGACCCCGUAGAAAAAGGUCUUGCUUUAAGAUCAGUGAAUUCUUCAAGAUCAGCAUAUGCAUGUGUCUUCUUCUCAUCUCUGUUUUUCCAACAUUACUGCUGGACAGCUGCAUCUCAACCACGUCAGAAGGAAAAACAGUUAUCCCUCCCAUGUAAAUUGAUAAUUAAGUCAGUUCUUCCUGUAUUUAGAUGUGUAAAUGUGCUGGAAAGGAAUGUAGAGAAGUGCAGCAUUUAUACAAGUAAUGAUCAUCACAUAACUUUUCAGCUCCUCUGCAAACAUGGUGUUGUAAAAACAUACAAUCUGACUUUCCAAGACUGUGAUCCAUUGCAGGCUGUUUUUGCAAAGCACAUGUGUCCAAACAUACUUAAAGUCCACUCCAGGCUGCUGGCUGAUGUAAUGAUUCACUUCCCGACCAGCCAAGAAGAAGUCACCUUAUCGGUUACUCCAAUGAAAGUUUGUUUCAAGAGUUACACCGAGGAAGACACUGAUUUUUCAAAGACAAUGCUUACAGAAAUACAACUGAAUCCAGAGGAGUUUGACUACUUUCAAGUUGGAGUGGAUUCUGAAGUGACAUUUUGCCUUAAAGAAUUGAGGGGCCUACUUUCAUUUUCAGAAGCUGCCAGUGUUCCCGUCUCAAUCCAUUUUGAUGUAUCUGGAAAACCAAUUGCUUUCAGCAUUGAAGACAUGGUGCUGGAAGCCAGCUUUAUUUUGGCUACUUUGUCCGAGGCUGAGAAGGAGACGACUUCCCAGCAGCCUCCCGGCUUUUCGCCGCAGCAGCAAAG